GCUGGCACUUCCAAGUUCGGACCCAUAUAUUUUAUCUCUUGUGAGUUCAUAUUUGCAGAUAGAAUGCUUCUAAAGUUUUGGGAUUGAACGAUUAUUGCAAUUGUACAAAAUUUAUAUUGUAUAAUCUCUGUUAAUUUUCUUGAGAGAACGCAAGAGACACGCACACGCACAUAUAUCGGAUUUGAAGAUGUGGCGCGUGGUUGAUGCGGUGAGAAGGAAUCUUCAGAACAUGAAGAAGAGCUCUAGGGUGGCCGAUGAGAGCAUGUUAGACAGAGGAGGAGAAGGAGGAGGAGAACAUGGUUGGAGCAUUGUGUGUUACAUUCUUCAAGCUCCAAUGUCAAUUCUCUCUUGUGUCUCUCAUCCUCAUGUUAAUAAUGGCUCUCAUCAUGCUGGGGUUUGGGCCUCCGCUGAGAUUGCACAAAUUUCUGAGAUGAAUCAGCUUAUGGUAAAUGAUAGCAUGCGAUAUGCAAUUUUGAUGUAAGAAAAUUUGUGAAUAAUCACUCUUUGUUCUCCCCCCACCCCCAGCUAGGGCCUUAAAUUGAGUUUGUGAUGAUAAAUUAGAAAAAUUAUCGGUAAAUAAUUUUUAAUCAAUCAACUUUAAAAUUUACGUAA